AUGGUAAUUCCAGAUUGCUAUUUUACUUCUGUUCUUGUGAUUGAUCAUUGUCAGAUUUCAAAUAAUGCAGGGCAGAUUUAUUCUGUGUCCCUUCAUAGUCCUCAUUUUAAUUGGAUCCAUGAUUUAAGCUCAUUUGACAAAAAUUUCAGUCUAAUUUCUGGUAAUAAUGGUCUUCUGUAUGUUAUUCUGCCCAUCAAGGCUCUUGUGUUGGCAUUAGAUGUUUCUAUGGGCAAUCUUUUAUGGCAGACAAGUAUUGGACCUUUAAGUGCAGCUGAAGGUGCAGCAAUGGUGGAUUCUAAUGGUUGGAUAUCUCUUGGUUCAUUGGAUGGAUUUCUCUACUAAAUCUCACCAAAUGGAGUUGUGAAGAAAUUUUCAAAAGAAUCUGAACUAAAUAAUGUUAUUCAAGUUAGUCCAUUACUUGAUUGUUCUGGCUACGCAGUUUACAUAUGUCAAACAGAGAUGGAAGGAAAGGUUAGUCAAGUAAUUGGGGAAUACAAUUAUAUCUCAGCUUUGAAGCCUAAAGGUGUUGUCUUCACCUUGUUGGUUCCAGCAACUGGAGCUGUCUACUGGUCUGAAAGCUAUCCUGAUCAAUUUCCAUUGUUAUUGUCUCAAAGUGAUUUGCAGCAUUUUGUAUUGGAUGAGGGAAUCCUUCUUGCAUUUAUUGCUGCUUCAAAGGUAGGCAACCCACUACCAUGCCGCAGCAAAGAUGAGAAGCUUGUAUCUACCUGCUCACAAGCAAGGCCCAAGCAUCCAAAAAAUUACACGGGUAAUGAGAGAACAAUAAUGUUGUUUCUGGUAUUUGAGUCCACAGUGUUGGUGAUUUUAGCUGGGCUUGUGCGAUUUUGCUGCAUAUUUUGGGGCAAAAAGAAACUUCAAGAUCAAGAUUUGGGAGAUUUUCUUGAAAAGAGACGAUCUCUCCAGCUCAAGAAGAAAGCAUUCGAUAGGACGAUAACAGAACUACAACAAAAGGCUGCAGAGGAAGCAGUGGCAAAUAAUGUGAUAGAAGAAAUGGGAGAUCAGUGGCCAAAAUAUGUGAUGAUUAAAGAAAUGGGAGAUUUAACCAGUAGCAUCGAGUUCAAGGAAGUAAUAGAGUUUCUUGUGAUGAAUGGAGAAGAGGUGCAAUCACAGAAACAAGUGGAAGAAGAAGCAUAUGAUAAGUGGAAGAAGAAGCAUAUGGUUGAAAAGAAGGAGGGCUUUGUCUUCAACUGA